AUGAAUCUUCAAAAGAAGAUUGAGGAUGAGGAUUCUGCUUCUGAAGUGAGUUAUCUACCUCCUGAAUCAAGCUGUGUGUCUAUGAAGAGUGAUCAGUCCAUGUUGUAUCCUCUUGACCUCAGUGAUGCAUCAGGGACCUCUGACCCCAACCUCAGCAAGAGAAAGGGACAGCGAUUAGAGUCUAAAGAGCCCAGUAGUGUAUCUGUAAAGAGUGACCGAUCCAUCACCCCACGUGAAAACUUUAGAGAUGAACCAGCAACCUCCAACUUCAUUCGGAAGACAAAAAUUGGAGUCAAAUCAAAGGAUAAUAUGUUACAGAAAAUUAAACACCAGCACAAAACCAGCAUGAAGAACAAAUAUGAGAGAUUAUUUGAAGGAAACAAACUCCAAGAGAACCGAGCCCUCUUGAACCGGAUCUACACCCAGCUGUAUAUCAUAGAAGGAGAGAGUGAAGGAGUGAAUGAAGAACAUGAGGUUUUACAGAUGGAGAAAACAGCCAGAACAAAACACUCACAACACACUCCAAUCUACUGCAAUGACAUCUUUAAAGAGGAGAAAGAGCAAAUCAAGACUGUUCUUACUAAAGGCAUCGCUGGAAUCGGAAAAACCGUCUCUGUGCAGAAGUUCAUCCUGGAUUGGGCCGAGGGAAAAGCCAAUCAGGAUGUAGAUUUCAUAUUUGUGCUUCCAUUUCGAGAGCUGAACUUGAUCAGAGAUCAUCAGUACAGUCUUCACAGACUUCUGCUGGACUUUCAUCCUGAACUUGAAGAUCUGGAGCCCAAGAUUUAUGAGGAGUGUAAAGUUGUGUUCAUCUUUGAUGGUCUGGAUGAAAGCAGAAUCACACUGAUGUUUUCAGACGCUCAGAAAGUUUGUGAUGUGACUGAGACUUUAUCAGUGGCUGUGUUGAUGUCAAAGCUGAUGAAAGGAGAGCUGCUUCCCUCUGCUCUCAUCUGGAUCACCUCCAGACCAGCAGCAGCCAAUCAGAUCCCCUCCAAAUACAUCAAGCGUCUGACAGAAAUUCAGGGAUUCACUGAGCCUCAGAAGGAGGAAUAUUUCAGGAAGAGAAUCAGUGAGCAGCAUCAAGCCAGAAGAAUCAUCUCACACAUCAGAAGAGCAAGAAGCCUCCACAUCAUGUGCCACAUACCCGUCUUCUGCUGGAUCUCAUCCACUGUGCUUCAGAAGCUCCUGGAAGAAGAUCUGAGUGCAGAAAUCCCUCAAACUCUGACUGAAAUGUACAUCCACUUCCUGCUGAUUCAGAUCAACAUGAGGAAUCAGAAGUAUGAAGAGAGAGAUCCAGAGAAACUCCUGCAGUCCAACAGAGAAGUGAUUGUCAAACUUGCUGAAGUGGCUUUCAAACAGCUGAUGAAGGGCAAUGUGAUGUUCUAUGAGGAGGACCUGAUUGAGAGCGGCAUAAACGUCUUUGACGCCUCAGUGUAUUCUGGGAUUUGCACUGAGAUCUUUAAGGAGGAAUCUGUGAUUCAUCAGAGGAAAGUCUACAGCUUCGUCCAUCUGAGUGUUCAGGAGUUCCUCGCUGCUUUCUAUGUGUUUUACUACCACAUAAGCAAUACUGCAGAGGCAUGUUUAGAUUCACUGGAUGAUUUACAGAGAAGAGCAGUAGAUAAAGGCACUGAGAGUGAGAAUGGGCAUCUGGAUCUGUUCCUGCGGUUCCUGCUGGGCGUCUCAAUGGAGUCCAAUCAGAGACUCUUACAGGAUCUACUGACACACACAGAGAAGAGCUCAGAGAGCAUCAGGAGAAGCACACAGUACAUUAAAGAGAAGAUCAGAGAUGGACAUGGACUCUCCACUGAAAGAUCCAUCAAUCUGUUCCUCUGUCUGCUGGAAGUGAAAGAUCAGACUCUGUCCAGAGAGAUUCAGGAGUUUGUGAAAUCAGACAAACAGUCAGAGAAGAAACUCUCUCCUGCUCACUGCUCAACAAUCGCCUACAUGCUUCAGAUGUCAGAGGAGGUGCUGGAUGAGCUGGAGCUCCAGAAAUACAACACAUCAGAUGAGGGCAGAAGAAGACUGAUACCAGCCAUCAGCAACUGCACAAGAGCUCUUCUUGCUGGCUGUAAUCUCUCUGCUCAGGAUUGUGAAAUUGUGUCGUCAGUUCUUCAAUCCUCAAACUGUGUCCUGAGAGAGCUGGACCUGAGUAACAAUGACCUGCAGGAUUCAGGAGUGAAGCUGCUCUCUGAUGGACUGAAGAGUCCAAACUGUCAGCUGGAGAUACUGAGAUUGUCUGGCUGUAUGGUGACAGAGGAAGGCUGUGGUUUUGUGUCUUCAGCUCUGAGUUCAAACCCCUCACACCUGAGAGAGCUGGAUCUGAGCUACAAUCACCCAGGACAAUCAGGAGUCCAGCUGCUCCAACACAGACUGGAGGAUCCACACUAUACACUGGAGGAACUCAAAUUGGACCAUGAAGGACAUUUCAGGAUCACAUCUGGAUUGAGAAAAUAUGCCUGUUUUCUCACACUGGAUCCAAACACAGCACAUACUCAGCUCCAGCUGUCUGAGGAGAACAGAAAAGCAAGUAUUGUGACAGAUCCUGAGCCGUAUCCUGAUCAUCCAGACAGAUUUGAUCAACAGGAGCAGGUUCUGUGUAAAGAGCCUCUGACUGGACGCUGUUACUGGGAGGUAAAAUGGAGCGGCUCUGGUCUUGUAGCGGUGGCUUAUAAAGGAAUUGGCAGGAAAAGUGGAUUUGACUGUUGUUUUGGACACAAUGAACAUUCCUGGUGUCUCUAUUGCAGUGAUGAGGUUUACUCUGUCUGGGACAAUAAUAAGAGCAUUGAUGUAUUUGGUCCUUCAUCUCGUAUUAAUAGAGUAGGAGUGUAUGUUGACGUGCCGUCCGGCUGUCUGACCUUCUAUAGUGUCUCUGACACACACACUCUCACACACAUACACACAUUCAACAUCGCAUUCACUGAAGACCUCUAUGCUGGAUUUAAGGUUUAUCCUGGAUCUUCAGUGUCUUUGUGUCCUGUUGAACCUGCUGAAGUUCCUCCCUAAGUUCCAACCUAACCCCAAAACACCAAUUACACACAAAGUCACAGGCAGUUUCUGUUACUUUCUUUUCGGCUUAGUCCGUUUAUAAAUUAGGGGUCGCCACAGUGGAAUGAACCACCAACUUCUCCAGCAUAUGUUUAA